UGAUAAUCAUAAACAACUCCACUCGAAGUAAGCUGAAUCCUCAAUCAAUCAAGAGAAGCCAAACAAAACCCAAAAGAAAAACAAAAUGGAGCCAGAACCUACACCUUCAACGAUACCUCUCAUUUCUCCAACGCCUCCCAUGCAAUCCUCCAAACCCUAGCAAUUUUCUUUUCCCCGAAUUCGUUUUUCUACUUUUUCUCCCGCUUUUCCCUCUCUAUUCCUAUCCCCUUCUCUUUUCUUUUUUCAUCUCUUCCGGUGCGAUUGGAUCUGAGGGACUUCUUUUACAUUUCCCAUUCUGUUCAUUCAAUCCGGAAGAGAAAUCUCCAAUUUCUACUCUUUACGCUUUUUGGAUCUAUACAAGAUUACCCAAUUUACCGCUUUCUUGUUUUUUCCUUUUUCUCGGUGAUUGUAGGAGUAGUUAGGGUUUGUAACCUGAAUUUUUGGAGGUUUUCUUUAGCAAUUUGGAUUUCUUUGGGAUUGGAGCUGUUAGGUUUUGUGGUUUGACUUUUGGUUUGAUCGUGAGAUUAGGGUUUUUCUAUCUUUUGGGUUGAUUGUUAUUCUUUGUUUGGAGGUUUUAGAUUGAAGUGGUAGCGUGGUGAGGUGGCUAAAGGAGGAAUUGUGAGUAGCCAAUGCCAUUUUUUUGGGUUGGUGUUCGACGAAUUUUUCGGUGAUUUUUGCAGUACCGAAUAAGAUAGAGCUUGAGCUUAUCGAUGUCUUGGGCAGGACCGGAAGAUAUCUACCUUUCUACUUCUCUUGCUAGCUAUCUUGAUAAGAAGCUACUAGUGCUUCUGCGAGAUGGCCGAAAGCUCCUGGGAAUACUACGUUCUUUUGAUCAAUUUGCCAAUGCUGUUCUCGAGGGUGCAUGCGAAAGGGUUAUUGUCGGUGACCUCUAUUGUGAUAUACCUUUAGGUCUAUAUGUUAUUCGAGGCGAGAAUGUUGUUUUAAUUGGAGAGCUGGAUUUGGAGAGGGAGGAACUUCCUCCACAUAUGACUCGUGUUUCAGCUGCAGAAAUUAGAAGGGUUCUGGACACAGCAACUCCUGAAAGUGUACUCAAUGAUGUGGCUGUGUGAGCAUGUUCUUGUGCAUAUUGAAUCAAUGUUAUUAAAGGCACCAAGAGUCACGAGGCUGGGCAAGGUGGGGCAAUUCCAAGAGGCAAGCGCCUAGGCGAGGCGUGCCUCAUUCAACAUUACUUUUUUUUUUUCAUACAUUUUAGGGCUUCUCUUCUCCUCUCCUCUCCUCUCCUCUCCUCUUCUCUCAUCCUCCUCUCCUCUUCUCUCCUAUUUCUCCCUAAACUCUAAACCCUGAUAAAGUGGAGGUAAUUAAUCUUUCUUUAAAUUUCAUUUUCUUUCUAUAACUUUAUUAUUUUCUGCUUUCUAUUUAUCUUAUAGUACAUAUAGUGCAAAUAAUAUAUUUUUUUUUCUUUUCAAUAUGCUUUUUUACUUAUUAAACUAGUUAAAAGUAUGAUAUUUUUAUGUUAAAAGUAUAUAUAUGUAGGCUAUGGCCCUUCACUUGAAAAAGGCCCUCACAUUUCCUCUCACCUCUCACCUAGGCUAU